UGUGUUCAUUCAUCGCCUCUCACCGUGAGGAGAGGGGAGAACCGGAGAUGGGUCCGUGUCUAAGGUGGAGUUCGUGGUUACCUCAUGGCUCCGUGCUCUUCUUGGUGCUACUCCUGUCAGUUCUGUGUUCUUCUCGGACGGCGGCUGCUCAGGCUCAGAUGCAGCCACAGACCGACCCAACCGAAGCGGCGGCGGUGAACGCGAUACUGGCGAAGCUAGGGCUGAAGGCGCAGCCGUCCUGGAACGUGAGCGGCAACCUCUGCAGCGGCGCCGCCACGGACGACUCGAUGAUACUGGACGACAACCCAAACUUUAACCCGGCCAUCCAGUGCGACUGCACGGACCAGAACGGCACCAUCUGCCACGUCACCAAAUUCAAGAUAAAUGAUCUGGCCGCUGGCCCCAUCCCGGAAGAGCUGCGGAACCUCACACACCUCACCAAACUGGACCUCAAGAAAAACAGCUUUACCGGCCCAUUGCCAGCUUUCAUCGCUGAACUGACUACUCUGCAGUACUUAACCGUGGGCACCAAUGCAUUAUCUGGACCCGUGCCAAAGGAGUUGGGGAAUCUUACAGAUCUAUUAGUACUUGGAUUGGGAUCAAAUCAUUUUAAUGGCUCACUUCCAAAUGAGUUAGGAAAAUUGACAAAACUACAGCAGAUGUACAUUGAUAGUAAUGACUUCAGUGGUCCUCUACCAGCGACACUGUCCCAGCUUACAAACCUGUCAAUUUUGUGGGCAUCAGACAAUAAUUUCACCGGGCAGAUACCUGAUUAUCUUGGGAGCUUCACCAAUUUGAACCAACUGAGGAUCCAAGGGAACUCUUUUCAAGGACCGAUUCCCAUAAGUCUUUCAAAUCUCAUAAGUUUGACUAGCCUGAGAAUAGGAGACAUAGUAAAUGGAAGCUCUUCAAUGGAGUUUGUCGGAAACAUGACAUCUCUGAGUGAGCUAGUAUUGAGGAAUACCAAGAUAUAUGACACACUUGCGUCGGUAGAAUUCUCGAAAUUUGAAAAAUUAACUUUACUAAUUCUUGGGAAUAAUAGUCUUUCUGGAAGUCUACCACCUACAAAAAAUGAACAACUUACCAAUUUAGAUUUUUCAUACAACCAUUUCUCAGGAAGCUUUCCUGCUUGGGUUACCGAGAAAAACUUGCAAUUGAAUUUGGUGGCAAAUGACUUUGUGAUGGAUAGCUCCAAUGACAGUGUUUUGCCAUCGGGAUUGAGUUGUCUUCAGCGAAAUACCCCCUGUUUUCUUGGAUCUCCGCAGUCUUCCUCCUUAGCGGUUGACUGUGGAGGUAGUAGAACCAUAUCAGGCUCGGACAAUUUGAUGUAUCAGGCUGAUAAUUCAAAUCUUGGUGCCGCAUCUUAUUUUGUUGCGGGUGCACGCUCAUGGGGUAUUAGCUCCACUGGAAGAUUCAUGGACCCACCCAACGGAACUUUUAUAAUCUAUGAUUCACGCCAAUUUCUGAACACACUAGAUUCUGGGUUGUUCCAAACCGCAAGAAUGUCAGCAUCAUCUUUGAGAUACUAUGGCAUUGGACUCGAGAAUGGAAACUACACAGUGACACUUGAGUUUGCAGAAUUUGAAUCCCCUGAUCCAGUGGCUUGGAAAAAUAGAGGGAGGAGAGUCUUUGAUAUCUAUCUCCAGGGAGAGCGCAAGGAGCAGAACUUUGACAUAAAAAAGGCUGCAGGAGGGAAAUCCUACGUUGCCGUGAAGAAGCAAUAUUUUGUUCUUGUGGUAAAAAACUUCCUUGAGAUUCAUCUUUUCUGGGCUGGCAAGGGUACUUGUUGCAUUCCUACACAAGGCUACUAUGGGCCUGCAAUAUCGGCUUUCAGCGUAACCCCAAAUUUCAGCCCUACAGUGUAUAAUUUUGUUGCAAAGAAGAAACAUAGUAAAACAGGUGUGAUUGUGGGAGCUAUACUUGGUGGGGCAGUUUUAGGAUUGUUAGCAUUUGCCGGAAUCUUUGUUUGGAGGCAGAAAAGGAGAAAACAAUCACAGGAGCAAAAAGAGCUAUACAAUAUUGUGGGAAGACCUAAUGUCUUCAGUUAUGGGGAACUGAGGUUAGCUACUGAAAAUUUCAGUUCUAAUAACCUUCUUGGUCAAGGAGGUUAUGGGCAGGUCUAUAAGGGAAAGUUAACUGAUGGGAGGUUUGUGGCAGUGAAGCAAUUGUCUGAAACAUCUCAUCAGGGGAAAAAGGAAUUCGCAACAGAAAUAGAAACUAUAUCUAAGGUCCAGCACCGUAAUCUUGUGAAGUUGUAUGGUUGUUGCCUUGAGGGAAAUAAGCCGUUGCUGGUCUAUGAGUACCUGGAGAACGGAAGCCUGGACCAUGCUCUAUUCGGAAAAGGAAAUUCAAACCUUGAUUGGUCAACACGUUUUGAGAUAUGCUUAGGCAUUGCAAGAGGUCUGGCCUAUCUUCAUGAAGAAUCUAGCAUUCGUGUGGUGCACAGGGACAUAAAGGCCAGCAAUGUCUUACUUGAUGGCAAUCUCAAUCCGAAGAUCUCAGAUUUUGGGCUCGCCAAACUUUAUGAUGAACAGGAGACGCAUGUCAGCACGAAAGUUGCUGGUACAUUUGGUUAUCUUGCACCAGAAUACGCCAUGAGGGGCCAUGUGACAGAGAAGAUUGAUGUGUUUGCUUUUGGCAUUGUUGUACUAGAGACUUUAGCUGGAAGACCAAACUAUUACACUACUGAGGACCAAAAAAAGAUUUACAUUUUUGAAUGGGUCUGGGAAUUGUACGAGGACAACCACCCUCUGGACAUGCUGGACCCGAGGCUCAAAGAAUUUGACACGGAGGAGGUGCUCCGGGCUAUCAAGGUGGCACUUGUGUGCAUCCAGGGCUCGCCCCACCAGCGGCCGUCCAUGUCGAGAGUUGUGGCCAUUCUGACGGGCGAUGUUGAGGCGCCAAACAAUGUGGCCAAGCCCAGCUACAUCACAGAGUGGCAGGUCAAGGGCAACGGCGACACGAGCUUCAUGAGCUCCGAGCCCAACGAGCAGUCGAGCUUGGCUCCAAGUACCGGCUUAGUGCAGUUGCCAUUCGUAGGCUCAUUCAUCAACGAAGAAGGCCGUUGAUAUGUGAAGGAAAUAUGCCCUAGAGGCAAUAAUAAGUUGUAUAUUAUUCUAUAUUUCUUGAUUCAUAAUUAUGUUAUAAUUGUAUUAAUUCCAAAUAUUUGUGACAUCGGAGGAAAACCCUAUUACAUGUGUGGAAUUAUAAACACAAAAUAAGAUAUCCCUAGUCACACCUCUAUGGUUAGCACAAGUGAUAUUGAUAGUCUUGUUUUCCUGACUAUAGGGCAAUGAGUAAAGCUUGUUACGAGGUUGCCGGUAUCACA